AUGGGUUCUCAGAGGUCUCAGUCGAAGAGUAAGAACACGAAACAAGUUGGAAAAGGUGGGAACUCGUUGUUUGGACGUGUUGGUACGCAGAAUAAUGGACGCAAUGUACCGCAAAAGAAGCAAAAUAAGAAGCAGACAGGUAUAUCUAAUACUGGGAAGAAAGAAGCAGCGGCUGGGCUCACUUUUGUCGGUGGAAAGCUUGUAGUUGCAGGGGACUCUAAUAAAAACAAGAAGCAGCAGAACCAACAGAAGAGAAAGAAACAAAACAAUAUUAGUCUCAAUAAGAGAGAUGGUUCAGCGAACAAGAAAUUAGUAAUUUCACUCAAAGAUAGUGCAAAAUGCUUGAAGAUACGAAAUCUGCCAGUAGGGACGAAUCCUUCUCAUUUGCAAAGGGUAUUGCAAGACUUGGGAAGUUGCAAGGUGGUUGAUUUGAAAGUCAUCGAUCUCCCCACGGGAUCAGCACAUGCUGAGGUUUUCGCAUCGGUUUCGGAUCUAGAAUCAUUGCAUAAGCGGUUCAACCAAGCAGAGAUCGACGGUAGAAGGAUUCUAACGGAGAUAUCUUCUCAGCCUGAGCUCUGA